AUGACCCCCAACUGGUCCCAACUAUGGACCUUCAUCACCAACCCCAAAGACAUCACCAGCACUAGCUCCAUCUCCCCAUCACCAUCCACCCUCCGUCGCAUCAUCAAAUCCCUCUCCCUCCUGACCUUCUUCUCCAUCCUCCUCUACGCCCUCUACAUCCACUUCCAACCCUCCACCAUCCCCCAACCCCCCGAACUCCCAGAAUCCCCAGACCUCCCUCCACCCACCCCAGAAGACACAUACAAAUCCAUCUACGGCUACCCCCAACCAACCCUACCAUUCCACCCCUCCACAUCCACGACCCCAGCAUCCUUUACGACCUCCCCACAAACACCUACUACGCCUACGGCUCCGGCCCUCACAUCCCCAUCCACUCCGCCCCGACCCUCCAAGGCCCAUGGACCAAAGCCGGCACCGUUCUCGACGCAGAUAGCAUCCUGCCCAAAGGUGAUCGCAAAGCCCCCUGGGCACCGACCGCCCUCCUCCACGACGGCACAUUCUACGUCUUCUACGCGACGAGCCAUAGCGGAUGUCGUGAUAGCGCCAUCGGCGUAG